GCCAUCGAUUUUGUUUCCAGCUCUAGCUCUUGCAAGAAGCGACAAUUUUUGCAUAUAAUACAAUUAAAUAAUAAAGGGCGACCGUCGAGGCUGCGAAACCUGGUUUUUAUACUGCUCCAAUUGCUGAAGAAUCUAGUUUAGGUGCCACCCACGAAAACCAGAAAGUGAUAACGCAAAAACUACAAAAAGAGCUCCCAAAAGAAAAAAAACGCAGCGACGGCCCAAAAGUGAAAGCCCCCAGAAAAAGUACAAAAGAGCGAAAGAGCAAGAGCAAAAGCGAGAGCGAGAGAACGGUGAAAAGAGUCUGGGCGAGAGAAAAACGAUUUUUUCAGAGAACACCGCGAUUUUUUGGUCAUAUUUUGUGUGCAAUUGCAAGACCUGGUAGUGCGAGGAGCCGACAAGGAACAGGACCGGAACACACAGACAGCCUUCAAGAUUCUCGGGCACUUCUACAGCGGCGUACAGAUCCAGAGCCAGAGCCACGGCCACCAGAACGCAGAAGCCACCGCUACCUACAGCACCAACAGCACUCCACUAGCCGCCACCACGCUCCACCACAAACAGCCAGCAGCCAUCAUGUUCGUCAACUCGAUGACGUUCCGCGGCAAUCCGGCGAACUACCACCAGCAGCAGCCGGCCCUGAACCACCACACGCUGGCCGCGGCGCACCACCAGCAGCAGCUGCACCACCAUGCCGCCGCCGCCGGUCACCUGGGCCACGUCGGCGGCGGACAUGCGGCCAGCAAUCACCUGGCGGCCGCCGCCGUCCUUGGCCGACAUGGCGGCCACAACUCCCUGGGCAGCGGGCACACGUCCAGCUCCUCGCAUUCGACCAAUGUCGGUGUGGGCGUGGGCGUGGGUGGCGGUGCCCUGGCCAGCGGCUCCACCGGCGGUGGCGGCGGCAGCGGUGGCAACAGCUCCCCGGACAGCGGCAAGAUCUAUAUCAAGAAUCUGGAGCGAUCCAUCGACAACAAGGCGGUGUACGACACGUUCUCCGUGUUCGGUAACAUCCUCAACUGCAAUGUGGCCAAGGACGAGGAUGGCAACUCGCGCGGCUAUGGGUUUGUGCAUUUCGACUCGGAGGAGGCCGCCCGGGCGGCCAUCGAGAAGGUGAACGGGAUGCUGUGCAAUAACCAGAAGGUGCACGUGGUCAAGUUCAUACCACGGCGGGACCGGGAGCAGGAGAAGGCCACGCACUUCAAGAAUCUGUACGUGAAGAACCUCAGCGAGGAGUUCACCGAGCAGCAUUUGCGUGAAAUGUUCGAGCCCUACGGUCGCAUCACCAGUCACAAGCUCAUGUUGGACGAGGAGGGGCGCUCGCGGCGCUUCGGUUUCGUGGCUUUCGAGAAUCCACAGUCGGCGCUGGCCGCCGUGAUUGGCCUGCAUGGCAAGCAGCUGGGCGACAACAAGUUCUUGUACGUGGCAAGAGCUUUGAGCAAGGCCGAGCGGCAGCAGGAGAUCAAUCGCAAGCUGGAGGAGCGCAAGCGCCAGAAGGCCGGCCAGAUAUUCUACUACUAAGAAUGCGGCGGCGGCGGAGGCAGCUGAUCCAAGGACAUCGCUAGGAGUUGACUCAGACCCACACACAUACAAUAUACACCCAUAUAUAAACCUAUAUAGUUAUUUACGAGAAAUUGUAUCGAGCAGCUGAGCGAAAAAUCAGGCAGCAGGCAGCAAGAAGGCGGGCAGGAUGCUACUCCUGCACAUUUACAUUUAGAAGUAGGCAAAAAGUGUUGCAACACAGUUGAAAUUUAUAGAAACACACAAACACACACACAGAGGAACAUAGACAGAAAGAGAAGCAUUACACGGAACUCUCAAUCGAAAGGAUUUUCUAGGCAUUAGGACAAAAGUUUCUUAGCACUCACUAGCGUUUUUUUGGACUUAGAUGUUUGUCUUUACUGUUGAAUUUAGUGAGCAGAGGCUUCGCUGUCAGCUUCUCGCCUAAAGAACACAUUGCGUACACGUAUUUCGAAUUGUAUUUACCCACACCAGGCCCACGUUCACACAGGCCCGCCCUUUGGCAUUAAGUCUAGAACGCGCGAUCGCAGCUAGAGCUACGCCCAGCCGAGUCCUGGGCAACAUAUGAAUAUUUACACAUACCUAUUAUAUAUUAAAGCAAAACUAAAGCUACAAAACAAAAAAAAAACAAAAAAACACAAAAAAACAAAAAUGGAAAAAUGGAAAAAAUACAAUUGAUGUAACCCCAAUUAACAAUUGAAGCACUCACUCUACGUAUAUACAUAAACAUAUAUAUUUAACGUAAAACCCAUUACACGCUGUAGUUAAAAAGCGUUUAUAAUACUCACACACUCUACGCUAUAACUAAUACUUUUGACGAGGAAAUCAAGUGCAAGCAUUGCGAAAGCGAACCCUACACGUAAUUUAUAUAGUAGACGCAAAUGCGGAGGAGGGAAUAAAUCGAAGCUGAACAGAAAAAUAAUUAGUAGGAGGGCCCAGAGCCGCUCCUGCGGGCAGUACAUGAGUAUUAAAAUUUUAGCAAUUACAAGACAUUUUUGUAAUUAAUUGUACAUUGUUUCAAGUAGCAACAAACGAAAAUGAAACCACAAAACAGGACCGCAAAGACAGCCGUAAUGUAACGACAAAACAAACAAAAAAAGAAAAA